ACUCCAGAAAAAUCCAACUGCAUUUGACAGAAAAAAAUAAAAAGUCAAGUAUAAGAAGUUAUUCCAUGGACCCAUUGCACAAGUAGAUAUCGAAACACCAUUUUCUAUAAUCCUGAGCGAACGGUACAAAGCUAUACAAGAAGUUAAAUGGAGAUUCUGAUUUCUAUUGCCAUUCUUGCUCUUCUCUUUUCCAGUGUAGUAGCUGGUCCUAACGACGAUGCUUUCGAAGAGGUUAGGGUUGGAUUGGUGGUUGACUUGAGUUCUACACAAGGCAAGAUUCUGGUAACAUCUCUUAACUUAGCGCUUUCAGAUUUCUAUGGCAUCAACAAUGGAUACCGAACCAGAGUCUCUAUUUUGGUCAGAGACUCCCAAGGAGACCCGAUCAUUGCUCUUGCCGCCGCUACUGAUCUUCUCAAAAAUGCAAAAGUGGAAGCCAUUGUUGGUGCACAAUCAUUACAGGAAGCAAAGCUUUUGGCCACGAUUAGCGAAAAAGCUAACGUUCCGGUCAUAUCUACUUUCUUGCCAAACACGUUAUCUUUGAACAAAUACGAUCACUUUAUUCAAUGGACGCAUGAUACGACGUCAGAGGCUAAGGGGAUUAUGAGUCUCAUACAAGAUUUCAGUUGUAAAUCGGUUGUGGUUAUAUACGAGGAUGCUGAUGACUGGAGAGAGAGUUUGCAAAUAUUGGUGGAGAAUUUUCAAGAUAAAGGAAUCCAUAUCGCUCGUUCUGCUUCUUUUGCAGUCUCAUCAUCAGGAGAAAAUCAUAUGAUGAAUCAGCUAAGGAAGCUCAAGGUAUCAAGAACAACAGUUUUCGUGGUGCAUAUGUCUGAGUUUCUUGUUUCUCGUCUUUUUCGAUGCGUUGAGAAGUUAGGUUUGACGGAAGAAGGGUUUGCUUGGAUCCUCACUGUGAGAACCAUGAACUACUUGGAAUAUUUUGAAACAACCAGGUCAAUGCAAGGGGUCAUUGGUUUCAAACCUUACAUUCCUGUAUCCGAAGAAGUUACGAAUUUUACUUCAAGAUUGAAGAAACUUAUGGGUGAUGAUACAGAAACAGAGCAUUCUAGUAAAAUCAUCGGUUUACGAGCACACGAUAUAGCUUGUAUUCUAGCAAUUGCAGUAGAGAAGAUUAGUGUAAGAGGUAAAGCUGAAGCAUCUUCGAAUGUAUCAGAUCUUCUUAAGACAAUUAGAAAUAGUAGAUUCAAGGGUUUGAGUGGUGUCAUCCAAAUCUCUGACAACAAAUUUAUCUCAGAGACAUUUGAAAUCGUGAAUAUUGGAAGAGAAAAACAGAGAAGAAGACAGAUUGUUUGGCCUGGCGGGUCUCGUAAGAUCCCAAGACACCGUGUUUUGGCAGAGAAUGGUGAAAAGAAAGUGCUUAGGAUCUUAGUUACCGCAGGAAACAAGGUCCCGAAUCUAGUGUCGGUGCGUCCUGAUCCUGAAACAGGUGUUAAUACAGUCUCAGGAUUCUGCGUAGAGGUUUUCAAGACUUGCAUUGCUCCUUUUAACUACGAGCUUGAAUUCAUACCUUAUCGUGGAAACAAUGACAAUCUUGCUUAUCUACUCUCUACUCAGAGUGACAAAUAUGAUGCAGCAGUUGGUGAUAUCACCAUCACUUCCAACAGAUCUUUGUAUGUUGAUUUUACUUUGCCUUACACAGACAUUGGUAUUGGAAUCUUGACAGUAAAAAAGAAAAGCCAAGGAAUGUGGACUUUCUUUGAUCCUUUUGAAAAAUCCUUGUGGCUAGCAAGUGGAGCUUUCUUCGUCUUGACUGGGAUUGUUGUUUGGUUGGUUGAACGGUCCGUUAAUCCGGAAUUUCAGGGCUCUUGGGGACAACAACUUAGUAUGAUGCUCUGGUUUGGAUUCUCUACCAUUGUGUUUGCUCACAGAGAGAAGCUACAAAAAAUGUCAUCAAGAUUCUUAGUCAUAGUUUGGGUUUUUGUGGUGUUAAUAUUGACUUCAAGUUACGGCGCAAAUUUGACAUCAACCAAGACCAUUUCUCGCAUGCAAUUAAAUCAUCAGAUGGUUUUCGGGGGAUCUACAACGUCAAUGACUGCGAAGCUCGGAUCCAUUAAUGCAGUUGAGGCAUAUGCACAACUUUUACGAGAUGGAACUCUUAGUCAUGUCAUCAAUGAAAUACCGUAUCUCAGUAUCCUUAUCGGAAAUUAUCCCAAUGAUUUCGUAAUGACUGAUAGAGUGACUAAUACCAAUGGCUUUGGCUUUAUGUUCCAGAAAGGUUCGGAUUUGGUUCCUAAAGUAUCGCGAGAAAUCGCGAAGCUAAGGUCAUUGGGAAUGCUGAAAGACAUGGAGAAAAAAUGGUUUCAAAAACUGGAUUCACUAAAUGUACAUUCCAACACCGAGGAAGUUGCAUCUACCAUCGACGAUGAUGAGGCAUCUAAGCGAUUCACCUUCCGAGAGUUGCGCGGUUUGUUCAUCAUUGCGGGAGUUGCUCAUGUUCUAGUACUAGCCCUGCAUCUCUUUCAUAUGCGUCAAGAGGUAUCACGACUAUUCACCAAAUUUCAAAGCUUCUAUAAGUAAAAAGUGAUCCAUCAUUCAUAAGCUCUAGUAUAGCAACUGAUCGGGAGAGGAGUGGACCAAGUCAUAAGUAACAACAAAGCACAUUUGUAAAGUUUGAAGAAUGUUACAUGUAAUACUUGUUUUUCCGUAGAAAUUCACAUGUAAUAAUUUAACUCACGUAAAUACUAAAAUUAUUCACCCAUCACGAAGUAUUUUUUGAAUUAAAUACAUCACUAGCUAGUAGAGUUUUGAUC